AUGGCUCCCUCAGCCAUCUCCUCUCUUUUCCGUCCAAUCCCUCUUUUUUCACUCGCCGCCCUCCUCCGCCUCAUCCUCCUCUUCUACGGCAUCUGGCAAGACGCCCACUCCGCCGUCAAAUACACCGACAUCGACUACCUCGUCUUCACCGACGCCGCCCGCUAUGUGUCUCAAGGCCUCAGUCCCUAUCACAGAGAGACAUACCGCUACACGCCUCUGCUCGCCUGGAUGCUCGUCCCCACGGCCACGCCCCAGCUCUUCUCGUUUGGGAAAGUCGUCUUUGCGCUGGCGGACCUGCUCGCGGGAUGGCUGAUUAUCAGGGUGCUGACGAAGCAACGGGGCAUGAGCGUCGAGAGGGCCGGUGCGUUUGCUGCCAUUUGGCUGUGGAAUCCAAUGGUGGCGACGAUUAGCACCAGGGGUAGCUCGGAGGGACUCUUGGGCGUUUUGACAAUGGCCCUGCUGUGGGCUGUUGAGGGGAAGAGAAUCGGGUUGGCCGGGUUCAUCUUGGGGUUGAGCGUGCACUUCAAGAUAUACCCCUUUAUUUAUGCGCCGGCGAUUAUAUGGUGGAUGGACAAUGAGCAUCUCGGCAAGGGGGCUUCUAAACCUUCAGCUUCAUUCACAGACACCAUCACUCGAUUCCUCUCUCCCCAGAGGAUCCAGCUUACUCUCAUCAGCUUACUGACCUUUAUGGGACUCAACGUUCUCAUGUACUACAUCUAUGGAACCCCUUUCCUUGUCCAUUCCUACUUCCAUCACGUCACCCGCAUCGACCACCGCCACAACUUUUCGCCUUACAACAUCUUCCUCUAUCUCGCAUCCGCCGACCCAUCUUCCAGCUCGCUCCACGCAUUUCUCCCUCAACUGCUCCUCUCCUGCUUCCUGAUCCCCUUUGUCCUUGCCAAGAAGGACCUCGCCACCUCCAUGAUGGCUCAAACCUUUGCCUUUGUCACAUUCAACAAGGUCUGCACCUCACAGUACUUCCUUUGGUAUAUGAUCUUCUUGCCUCUCUAUCUGCCUGGAUCCUCCAUGCUCCGCGUUCCCAGCCGGGGCAUUGCGGCUCUGCUUCUUUGGGUCCUAGGCCAAGCCGCUUGGCUGCAGCAAGGUUACGAACUCGAAUUUCUUGGCGUCAGCACCUUCUUUCCGGGGAUGUGGCUUGCUUCAUUGGGGUUUUUCCUCAUCAACUGUUGGAUACUGGGGAUAAUCAUCAGCGACGGUGCGGAAGUCAGCCUCCAAAAAGUACACACUGCAUAAAUGGAUCGGUAGUGUUCCUUAUCAAAGAGAAUAUAGUUUACAAAAUAAAAACAUCAUUUUCUCUCUAGAAUAGCCAUUCACAACCUAUACCAGCUUCAUUGGAGAUUAUAUGGAACCAAUUGUGACUGUGUGGCCUAAGUACCGAAAUUUCACUGCGGGUAUCAACAUUAUUUCACCCAUUAUAUCAAUUUCCUCGCAUUGUCCUUCCCGCCUCCGCAUUCAUGUGCGUACUGUCCAGUCACUGAGAAUUAACCCCCAUCAAAGCCAUACUAAGCAAUACCAUCCAUCACACCCGACUUCUGCCGGAUCCCAUAUAUCCAUGAGCAGUGAGAAAAAAGACCAACUCCAAGCUUUGUUCGCAUUAUUUGACUGUCCCAGGGUAUGAAAAUCGCAACGUUGGGACAAAAAUCUCAGAACCCAGAUCCCAUAAUUCCUCGCUUUGUGCUGUUAUAAAGAUUUAUAAAACGCCUCAAGCGACCGCG